CCGCCCCGGGGCCCCUCCGCCUGCUGCCCAGCGCUUGCUCCGCUGCAGUUCUGUGCUGGGCGUCCAGCGAGCCGCAGGUCCGGUCCGAGCUCAGUCCCGCAGAUGGAGGCGGCCGUGCUGCUCCCCGCGGUGCUGGGCCUCCUGCUGCUGCCCCUCCUGGCUGUGCUGCUGACGGCCCUCUGUGUGCGCUGCCGCGAGCUGCCAGACACCUACGCCUACGACAGUGCUGUGCCGGACAGCCUGCCAAGGAGCAUCAUGAUCAAAAGGCCUCCCACACUAGCCCCCUGGCCACAGGCUACCGUGACCUCCUGUCCACCCUUGAGCCAGCCUGACCUGCUCCCCAUCCCGAGAUCCCCACAGCCCCCAGGGGGCUCCCACCGAAUGCCGUCCGCUCGGCAGGACUCCGAUGGCACCAACAGUGUGGCCAGCUAUGAGAAUGAGGGUGCGUCUGGGCCCCCGGGGCCGUGGGCAGGGAGGCUGGGCCCGGCCCGGGCUGCGCUGACCCCGUGUCCUUCCUCAGAGCCGGCCUGUGAGGAUGAGGACGACGAGGAGGACUAUCACAACGAGGGCUACUUAGUGGUGCUUCCUGACACUGUCCCGGCCACGGCCACGGCCACGUGCACCGCCGUCCCGGCAGCUGCUGCGCCCAGCAACCCCGGCCCCCGCGACAGCGCCUUCUCCAUGGAGUCGGGGGAGGACUAUGUGAACGUUCCCGAGAGUGAGGAGAGUGCAGACGCAUCUCUGGAUGGGAGCCGGGAGUAUGUGAACGUGUCCCAGGACCUGCAGCCCACUGUGAGGACUGAGUCCGCCACCUUAGUUUCCCAGGAGGCAGAGGAAGAGGAGGAAGAGGGUGCCCCAGAUUAUGAAAAUCUGCAGGAGCUUCAAUGAAGAUCUCAUGAGGUGUGCUGUCUAGAGCCUGCCUUCCUGGGAGGGCUGAGCUGGGCAACUGGAAGUGGCUCUGGGGGGCCCACUUGACACCCCACCUGGCUCCAGCCCGACAACAGCCUGAGAAUUUCCCCCCUAACUUAUUGGCACUUUGGGGUCCAGUCUGGGUGCCCCCAAUGCUGCACCUUCUGACACAGCCUGAGAAUGAAGGGCCUUGGCCCCCGGCCCUGCUCUGUACAGAAUAAAGGCUGGUGUGGUCUGUAGCUCUUGGCUUUGGGAACCCUGUGGCGGGGUCAGGGUGAGGGGGGCAGAGGGUCUGCGUGGGUGCGUGCGUGCGUGUGUGCCCCCAUCCGCCACAGGGCCUCCAGCUCCUCCGGGUCCUGGCCAGGUGCUGGGACAGGUCGCCUUCUGAGCGAGGCCUGUGUGACCCAGCCUGGCACGUGGGGCCCGGAUGCACGUCCAUGGGACCGCCCACAGACGGAGGUGCGCU